AUGGCUUCACCAAUCCACCGUGACGCAAUCAUAGUAAGUUGUGCCCACAGACUGCACUCUUCUUUCAUCUCUUGAUGUAUUAUAUACGUCGGUGAAAGUCUAGAAUGGCAGAUACUGACUGAAUACCAGCAACGCGAGCAAUUCAGGAGUAUACUCAACAAUCUUCCUGAUUACGCAGAAAUAUCCGCCAAUCCAGAAUUCGCACGUAAUCUCCGGCAGUUCCAGCAGGUCCUCGAAAGACUAUUCGCCUAUAAUCGAGGCCUAAGAAUGACUCCUGUUGGCUAUACAUCUACUGGAUUUGUUGGCUUCUACAUUGAAGCUCCUGAAGUUAUUGGUGGAUUGGACCUGUUUGAGGAGAUACCAUUGAACAAUGAACCCAUGAAGGUUGUCGAUGUAUUCCAGGCUAUUUUGAGACUUAUGCCUCAGGAUCCUGAUACACCUAAAGAAUCUCUUUUGAGACCCCUACCUUCGAAUCCCUUCAACAGAGCCAAAGAGCCAAAAGCUGGCGACCAGAUGAGAUCCAAAGACGUCUUGAUAGACAUCACUCCUGCCGAGAUCUCCAUUGACACAUGUGACCCAGCAACGGUUUUCACACAAGGAUUCGAGUAGCCAGUGGAGAUAUUAUGUCAAGCUUUCAAAGGACAAGAUAUUCGCAAGAUAUUGAAAGGUGGACCAACGUGGGUUCGCCAUUUUAUGGAAGAGGCUACCACGAAAAACAUUGAAUCUUGCUUGUCAACCUUCAACGCUUAUAAGGACUUCGUCAGGCAGUUCCCAGAAAAGAAGGAUAGCGACGAGGGCAGAAUUAAGCGAGUACGAAGCGAGGAAUGCCGAUCGAUCAGGUACAGUAUGCACAUGCACCUCGGCGGGAUUUUGAAAGAGUUGUUGCCCAGGAUUCGCAAAGAGCUUGGGGCUUCGGAUGCAAAGCGAUCGAAGGCAGAGGCUGAUCUUGCGAAGGCGACAACUUUCAAAGCCCGUCUUGAAGCCGAGGUUACGGAAUUGAAGGAGGAGAGGCUCGGUACUAAACGAAGGCAUGAGGCGGAGAUCCUUUCCAACACCACCUCAAUCAAAGAGCUGGAAACCCGGGUCGCUCUCGCGGACAAGGAGCUUUCGAGCCAGAAAGCCUUCCAUGAACAUACGAUCGAGAAGACCAGCAAGAAUUUCGAGAAGAUGAAAACGCUGGGCUUGAAAUACAAGGAGGAGGCCAAGGUAGCGAGCCUAAACCUCGCACAUUCCGAGGAAAAGGUCGCCGGCCUCGAGGCUAAAUUGCACAAAUCCGAGGCUGAUAAUUCGGAGUUGCGGAAGGAGUUGGAGUCGGCGAGGGAGGAGAACAAAAAGCUUCUUUCACAAAGAAGCAACCCCCGAGUCGAAGCGGAUAUCCGCCAGAAGGCUGUCUUGAAGGCAGUCGCAGAGAAGGAGGAGGAGCUGGACUCCGAGCGAGCGGAGGUUGAAUGGUUGCGAGCCAUGGUACAGGCUCAGGAUGAGCGAGCAAGGGAGAUGUAUGCUCAGAGACAGGAGUUGUUGGCAAGACCUCGGUCUUUUGAGGAGAAUUAG